AUGAGCAGGAAGCAGGUGGUGGAGAUCAUCGACGCCAUGGCCCAGGUGAAGAGACCGUUCCUCUGGGUUUUAAGGAAGGACAACUGCAAGGGCCACGAAGACGACGACGCGGCGAUCAAGAAAGCCGCGGCGGCGGCGGCGGUGGAUGCGGACAACGGCGGGAUGGUGGUGGAGUGGUGCGACCAGGCGCGCGUGCUGUCGCACCCGUCGGUGGCGUGCUUCGUGACGCACUGCGGAUGGAACUCGACGCUGGAGAGCGCGGCGUGCGGCGUGCCAACCGUGGCGGUGCCGCAGUACUCGGACCAGGGCACGGCCGCGUGGCUCGUGGCGGAGCGGUUGGGCGCGGGCGUCCUCGCGGCGGCGCGCGGCGCGGACGGCGGCUUCGUGGAGGCCGCGGAGCUGGUGCGGUGCCUGGAGGCCGCGGUGGCGGAGCCGGUGGCGGCGCGCGCCGCGGCGUGGAUGGGGACGGCGAGGGCGGCCGUGGCCGACGGCGGGAGCUCGCACCGGAACCUGACGGAGUUCCUGACGCAGAUCGCCCGCGGUCACGGGCGCGGCAACUAA